CCCACGGGAGCGGGCGCUUGGGGGUGGGGCCGCACUUCCGGCCCCGCCAUCGUCCGUCUGCUAGGGCCGGUCGCAGUUCCAGGUUUCUUUCCCACCCUGCCCAAGAGGGCCCAGGAAGAAAGGCAAUGGCAGCUCCAUUCCUGACACUCAGGUCUCAGGAGUCUGUGACAUUUGAAGAUGUGGCAGUAUAUUUCACGGAGGAGGAAUGGGACCGAUUACACCCUGGUCAGAGGACCCUGUACCGGGACGUGAUGCUGGAGAAUUACGUGAAUGUCACCUCGCUUGCAGGGAUUCCCAUUUCCAAGCCCGAUGUGAUUGCCAAGCUGGAACAAGGGGCAAUGCCGUGGAUCUCAGACCUUCAAGGUGUGGAACAUGGAGAGGACCAGGCCAGCUGGGCAGCUGGGAUGCAGUGGGAAGAACAGUGGAAAUGGCAUCAGGACACCUGGCUCUGAAAUCUCUGCUGCCCUGGGUAGACACCAGGAGCCCUCUUGGCUCUCCCUCUUAGGACAGCAUCGGUCUGGU